AUGCUACGGUUUUCGAAAAAGUCCCAUUCAAAUUUAAAGGAUAAUAAGAAAAGACAUUCUUCUUUUUUUGAUUUAAAUUCAUUUGAUACAAAUAACGUUGAGAACGGGAAUAAAAAUUCGAAAAAUGAGAGUAAAAAAGGGUCUAAAAAUGAGAAAGCUGUUUUUGUAAACAACCUACAACAAUAUAGUAAACAAGAUAGUUCUGUCCAGCAAAAAAAUAUGCAACAUGAACGUGAGACUGCAAAUUCCAUAUUAAGGGAGCCUAAAGAAAAAUCGAAUUCAAAAACAAAAAGACAAAGUACAAUUUUAGAUGAGAAUAUUGUCAAAGAUUACCAUUUAGCCAUCAAACAUUUCAAUAUGGAAGAUGAAAAGAGAACUUCUCUCGAAUAUAAAAUUUCAAAUGAGAAACAUUCAAAAUCUGGAUCGGUAGAUUCUAAUUUCAGUAGCGCUACUAUGGAUUCUAACAUGUCUUCUUUAUUCUCUUCUUCUGCAACAGUAUCGCUUAGGGAUUUCCUAUAUGAAGAAUUUGAAACUAAUAAAUUUCUAAGUAAAACUCACCAAACAUAUAAUAAUGAUAACUGUAACAGUGUUACUGGAAAAAAAGCAUUCUUGGAAAUUCCAGAUGAUAGACAUAAGAGUGCAAAAUGGCGUAAAAUAACAGAUAAAGAGAAAAAUAAAAUUCAUAGUGAAAGCAAUAUAGAUCAUUUUGAUUACCAUAGAAGGACGGAAUUGGAAUUCUAG